CAAGAGCGAAGAGGUGCGCCACAUUGCAUUGUAACAGUGCUUAUGUUAUCGCCACCACCUCCUAGCAGAGGCAUGUCGCUUGGAUUUUAUUAUUGCAAUCUUCCGUAGCUUGUUUUUGAAGAACACCAAUUACAAGGAGUUUGCUACCUGUUUCUGCAGUUGCGGUUGGUCGCAGCUGCAAAACCAGCUGACAGGAACCUGUAUACAUGCCUUCUUCAAGCAUUCUCAGACUGAAGGCCCUGUCAAAGGGCGUACUGUUUGGAUCACUGGGUGGCGCCUUCCUCACUGAGGGCCUGGGUGUCGCCACAGGGCCUGUGCUGGUGGACACUUCUGAGCAAGUGAAGGGUGCUCUGUGGAAAGUCACAGUUGCUUGGAAAAACCUGCAUUAGGUUCUCAAGCCUCCCAUGUACCAAUUUCACGCAGUGAAUUUUGCAUGCAGGACGCAGUUUGGGGACUUUCCACAAGUUGCUGUCAGGGACAUUCUAGGACCAGUCAGCUCAAAAGCGGGGUGGUGGUGUGAGCUUAUAUUAACACAGGCGAUCAGUGGCCUAUGCACUUACUAUCCUGUGUUCGUGGCGCUGUCACUGUCCGAAGGGCACUCGUUCAAGGAAGGGCAUCGGUCUUUCCCCGCAGCCGCUGCGUGCUAAACAGCACACUCUUGAGUCCACACAUUGCCUUGCCAACGCUCCUGCAAGCCCCCUUUAGCUUUUGCACUCAGCAUCUAGUCCGCUCCCUUGUCUCAAUACGACAGCCUAGGGACACAUUCGCAGAUACUUGGAGAGCUUUUGGCGAGGAGAACUUGAAGUUUUUCAGUAUGGCGCCAAAGAAGCAACCAGCGAAGUCUGGAGCUAAGGAAGGGGCGUCCAUUGCUGAGGCCGAGCAGGAGAAGACAACAACAAAGGAGGAGAAGGAGCAAACCAAGAAUGACUCUACGCCUGAUCACAAGAGAAAGAAGGAAGGCGAGCAGGAGAUGAAGGCGGCUGAGCAGGAGAAGGCUCAUGACGAGAAGAAAACCGGCGACACAUCCAAAAACGACCAAGAGAAAACCAAAGGCGCUCAAGCCAGCGCAAAGAACGGAGAACAAAACAACGGGGAAGAGAAGGAGGGCAAGGGAAAAGACAAGAAAAAGAACAAUGAUGGGGAGAAAGAAGACGAGGAGAAGCACGCCAAGAAGCAGAAGACGGUGCAUCAUUCGGAGCAGCCAGAGCAUCCUGGGACGCACCGCAAGAGCGUGGCGGCGGUCGCAAAGUUGCACGAGGAGAACGGGAUCGAGCUGCCGAAGUCGAAGGAGCGGAUGGCGCUGCUGAAGAAGCUAGAGACACUCGAGGACAUGAAAGAGCUCCUGAAGCAGGCUCGGCCGGAGAAGGAGUACAAGGUCGGCGACACGAUCGAGGUGGACGAUCUGAUGCAGACGGGCUACUCGUACGAGCUCUCCGAGCCCAUUGGCAAAAACUUUAAGGACGGCUUCGACCCCGUGCUGUCGCCCAAGGAGAUGCUCGAGCACGGCGUUUUUGAGGGCAAGAUCAUCAAUGACACCAUCUUCGAGUUCCCCAAGGAGUGGUUUGAAGCCGCCGUUGAGAAGGGGACGCUAUCCCCCUCGGGCCCGAACGGAGACGUCAACUGCUUCAAGAUUGUUAGCCGGCUAUCUCUGAACGAGUGGCGCAAGAAGAAGUGGGUGCCCAAGCACGACCCCCGGGGCUGGUUCCUGUGGUACUGCCGCUACUACCUGGGCCGGCGCACUGACGAGGACGACCACCAGAUCUCGCGGUGGCGCCAGCUGCGGCGGCACGCGGGGCAGGUCAAGGCACAUUGUGAGCCGGGAGACCUGACGUGUCGCCCGAAGCAGCGACAGGCGCUCCUCAACUGGGGCCAUGACGCCUUCAUCUAGGCAUUGCGCGCGCAUUAGCAUGGCUUCUCGUGUAUAAUAUGCAGACGCUCGCGGAUAGUUGUGAGGAAAAGCUAGCUCUUGAGCUAUUGUACCAUGGGUUUUGUAAGCAAAGUAGUCGUCGCUGGACGGGUCGAGUCGGAAAGACCACCGACCUGACCGGGUUUUGUUACACAGUUAUGGAAAAAUCGAGUGUGGGUUCAUUAAAUUGCAUUUUGAAAACAGGGCUUGGCGAUCAUGAAACCCAGAUGUAGUCUAAGACUUGUCAACUGGAUCAGAGCUUCUGUUUAACACUACGAUGAUUGAAGCCCACUGAGCUAGCUAUAACUUUGGAAAACGGUGUUCUAGUGGCCGCGACUAAAACCUUCGAAUUAAUUGGGCAUUGUUUUAAUUCGGACGUUGACUGUCGCACAACUACAGCUUGUGACU